AUGAAUUUACCCGAUGAAAUGAUAUUAGCUAUUAUGAAUAAAGUCAAACAUAAAGUAUUAUUGCUUUGUUCUAUUAUUGGUACUGGAAAUAAUCGUUUAGAACAACUUGCAUUAGACAAUUGUUAUUCAAUCGAUUUAACCUUUGAUUAUAGUCAUUCGCCAUACGAUCUGCUGGUCCAACGAUUUUAUUCAUCUGUUCUACCCCAUAUUUCUGAUAAUAUUCAAUCUCUAACAAUCAAUUUUAAACAUUUGUUACGUAUUAACAGAGUUGCCAAAGCAUAUAGUAAUGAAAUUCUACCUAAUUUAAUAUAUGUCAAAAUAAUGAUCGGUCAUGUCCAUCUUAAGACAGGAAAACCUAUCAUAGUAGAUUAUUAUGAUGACAGUUCAGCAUGUCGUUUAUCUUGCUUCUCAACCAUUCCAGAAUUAUAUCAUCUGAAUCAAACAAUCAGUAAUAUACUCUUAUCAUUCUUUCGUCGUUCACCACUAAUGCGCUAUACUAUCUCGUUUGAAUUCGAUUCUGAUUGUGUUCUUCAUGUUCCAUCAAAGGGUGAAGGAUUAUUCUUUCCUCAAUCACUCUGUCUUACUCAUAUUCACAUUGGAUUAAUUCAUUUCGAUGAUUUGAUUCGUUUACUCUAUCAACUUAGUUGUCAACUGCAGUCAUUAUCUGUUGUUAUAGAAAUUAUUUCUGUACAUGAAAAUCUAACUAUACCUGAAAUAGUAUCGGUAAAUGAUUUUUUUUUUAAAUUUUAUAUUUCAAUAAAUUGA